AUGUUUCAAUAUUUUGUCGAUAAAAUAUUUGGGGAUUUACCCCCAAAUUUUAAUUAUGUAAUUAAAAAUAAAAUAGAAUAUAAUGGAAUUCGAGGAGGAUAUUAUGAUAUGUAUGAUGGAACAAAUAAAAAUAACGAAGAAGUUAGUAUUUUUAUUUAUGAAAAAAAUAACAAAGAUUUUCAUAGUAAUGUUAAAAAAUAUGUUAAUAAUCAUUUAAAUUAUUCUAAAAAAUUAAUUCAUCCUAAUAUUUUAAAAGUAUUAUAUACAUUUGAUAAUGAUAAAAGAAUAUAUAUAGUAACAGAAAAGUGUGUGCCAUUAUUUUUUGAAAAAAUAAAAGGUGACCCUAUAUGGGGAAUAUAUGAAAUUAUAAAUGCUGUUAAUUUUAUUAACAAUUUUAAUUAUGUACAUUGUUUAAUAAAUCCUUUUUCUGUUUUUGUUACAUCUAAAGGUCGAUGGAAAUUGUCAUUAUUUGAUUGUAUAUAUGAAAAAGAUAUGAACAUACAUAAUAUUUUAAAUAAUAUUAAAGAUCAUUUAUUUUUUAGUUAUGGAUACAAAUUAAUAAAUUUUUCAAAUAUUUCAAAACCAGUUGCAAUUGAUGCAUAUGGUUUAGCUUAUUUGAUGGUAUGGUCUUAUCAAAAUUACAUGAUAGAAUCUCAAAAUAAGGAAAGUAAAUUAUUUAAUAUGAAUAUUGGAAAUAGUAUUUUAUCUGAGAAUGAUAAAGAUGAUUAUUUUCGAAAUGGUAAAACAGUUAAAGAGAUCAAAAAUAUAUUUUAUUUAAACAUGGAUAUAACACAAAUAUAUAAAAAAUGUCUUCCAAAAAAUCUUUGGAAUAUAUAUGAGACACUAAUUCAAUAUAGUAUAAAGGGGAUAGAUAUAAAUUUUUCUACAAUAUUAAAUAGUGAUAAUAUAAUGGGAAAUUAUAUAGUAAAGACUAUGUUAUUUUUAACCGAAAUUCAUAUGAAAUCUCGGAUUGAAAAAACAGAUUUUUUUUGUAAUCUUUAUAAAAAUUUAGAUAAUAUAAAUAUAGAUGUAAAGGUUCAGUUGAUAUUACCAGAAAUUAGUAAAAAUUUAGAAGUGUCUGAAAAUUUAGAAAAAUGUUUAGAAAUUAUAUUAAUAAUUUCUAAAGAUAUGAAUAUAAAUGAUUUUGAAAAAACAAUAUAUCCAAUUUUUUUUAAAUAUUUUUUACAAACAGAUAGAUCUAUUAGAUAUAUAUUAUUAGAAUAUUUUUCAGUUAUUGAAAAAAAUUUAAAUAAUAAUAAUAUGAAUGAAAUAUAUAUAUCAUAUAUGUAUGGAUUUUCUGAUAAUAAUAUUACAAUAAAGAAUGCAACAAUAAAAAAUUUUAUUUAUAUAUUUCCAAAAUUAAAAAAUAAUAUAAGAACACAGGCUUUACAUAUAUUAUUAAACAAUUUAAAAGAAAGAGAUUAUUGUAUUAAAAUAAAUACUAUUAUAUGUAUUGCAAAAAUAGCAGAUUAUAUAUUAGAAGAUAAACAAAAUAUAUUAGAAAAUGUUUAUAAAUUAGGAUUAUGUGAUAUGCAUGAUAAAAUAAGAGUUGCAACUCUUCAAGCUAUAAAAGCUACAUAUAAUCAAUUUGAUACAAAACGUUUUAUUUUAAAUAUAAUGCCAUUAAUAGUUAAAUGUCUAAUUGAUAAUUCUAUUGAAAUUCGUGAAAUUACUUUUGAUUUAUUUGAUUUUGUUAUUCCUUUGUUAAAAAGGUCUGUAAUAAAUAUUGGAGUUGCCAAUAUAGAUACUCAAAAAAAUGAUGAUAAAAAUGUGGUUGUGAAUGAUGAAAAAGAAAAAAUACUUUUACAAGAAGGAUCUAUAAAUAAUAAUUCAAGAGAUUUAUUCCAUAGUGAAAGAGGAAAAAAUGACGAGCUGAAAAAUGUAGAUGAAAUAGAGAAAGAGGUUUUAGAUGAUUUUGGAUGGAAUCUUGAAUUUUCAGAGGAAAAAAAAAAAAAAAAAAAAAAAAAAUUAAAUUUAAAUAUUGAUGAUUUUUUUGACGAAUUUGAUCUUAAUGAUGAAGAAAAUGCACCGAGGUUCAAAUUAAGUUCAUUAUAA